AUGACUUCUGAAGCAACUGACUUGACUGGCGCCUCGCCACUGACAGGCAUACCGCCUCCUGUGAUAAAAAGAGAACAACCUCUACCACUAGCUACUGUCCCUCGAGAACAGGCAUCGAAACAGAGCGCCUACUUUCUGUAUAAGAAGGAGUGUCGCCUGGCCUGGAUCAAGUACCUGGGCCUCCUAGGAAGGGUCAAACUCCGCGAGGGGCUUGACGGGCUCCCAUUUUUUCACGGGAUGCCCCCUGAGCUCCUGACGCAGGAGAUCGAUAAAGAAAGACUAGAUAUGAUCCAGAAAGAAGCAAUGAGAGACCCUAGGAAUUCGCUGAUCACCAUCAGCAAAGUCUUGAACGUCCUCAGAGACCGCCCGCAGCAGUCCCAUAUCGCAUGGAAUGCCAUCGAAAAUUUCACCAAAGACCGGGACGUUAUCAAGCGCUGGGAAGCCUUGGGCUCUAGAAACUCCAUGCAUCUCUUGAACUCUGCCCAGGCGUCGCCCGAGCAGGCUACGGCAUACAAAGAAAUCCAACCGCCUAUGUUCCGCUUAGUGGGUAUUCAAACAAACGAGGAAGACCCGGCCAGUUGCCCAGGCUACGUACUCUCUAUAGCCUCUUUCGAAAGGUCAGUCUGGAAAGGGGAGAAGGCGUCCAAUGAAAUCGAGCGUCGACAGUGCGCCGAUAUGGCGCUGCGAUCGUUGCAAAAGUUCAUGGAUUCACAAAAGAACGAAGAGGUGAUCAAUAAGAUGAUUGAGUUCCAGAAACAUUAUCAAGCUUUGGCGGCUCUGAGCUCGAAGUGA